AAGCGUUUUACACUAUUACAAAUAUAACUACAGGCAAAUUUCCACCGGCAAGCAAUAUUACUGUGGUAGUCCAUUGGAGCGCCACCUCAAUCGACUUGAGGCCAAGGCGGCCUCGGGGUCUUCGUCGGCGGCGGAGUCGUCGUUUGCGGGUGCAGGCAAGGCACGGGCGAGGCCGAAGGCGAAGGCGGGGGAGAGGAAGAAGCGGCGCAGGAGCGUCGGGCUGGCAGCGCCCGCUGGCCAGUCCGGCGCGGGGGUGGCGCCCGCUGGCCAGUCCGGCGCAGGGGCGGCGGCGGCGCCCGACGCCCUACUGGCGCUCGUCUGUCGGGAAAUGGACUGGCGCGAGCAGAGGAUCCUGGAGCGCGUUCAAAACAUGUUGGUUACCGCCGGCGUCCUGCCCAGUUCCUUUGGCGGCGUGUUCCCCCCCCCCCCCCCCACCUCCUCCUCCUCCUCCUCCUCUUCCAUUCGGCGUGUACCCGCCGCCACCCCCUCUCGCGAUGGCAGGCCAUCUCCAGCAGUUGCCAGUAUAUUAUCUGUUAAAGUUGUGGCUUACGCUUCACCUUGACAUUUACUUACUAGGAAUAUUUGGUGAUUUUUUCUUUUGCACCAAGGUUAGGUGCUUCUUUUACCUGAAUUUUUAAUGGAACCCACAAAUCUUUUGUGAUGUUUCUUUUUUUCAUUCUGAGAUCUGAUACAGUUAAUAAUGCAUGUGAUGCUUUCUCAAGCAAUUGGUUGGUAGAAAGCAUAUCAUCAGGUCAAUAGUGCACCAAUCAUAGGCUAGGACCCAUUGUAGAACUGGAUGAUUUGUCUGGAGGUCUAUUAGUGGUUGUGGUUGAAAUUAAAUAUGUGCAUUCAGCAUUUGUCAUAAAGUAUAGUAACACAUAACAUGAAUCAGAAUAGAUAAUGAAAUCCUGAUACUAGAAAUAUGGUUUAUUGAAAAUGGGUAGCUGUCGUCUAUCACUUCGUAGUCGACAGAGCAUAUGUUUCUGUAUAGAUUAUGAGAUAUCUUGGAUUGUUAGUAGCUUUUCUACUAAUGUUCAAACUGCAGAACGUAAAGGAGAUUACCAAGGAAAAACUGUUCAGGUGAGGAAUGAUUUCAUGACAGAGAUUUCCAUGUUUUUCUAUAGCCAUAGAAAAAGUGCCAAUUGUUACGGUGAAUUUCAGAAUUAGAGUUAACUCUCUUUAUCAGGUUGUGCCGCACAUCACAGAGGGCAGCAAGAUAUGAACAACAAUUUCAUAUGGCGGAGGGAGAUGGAUUAGGAGAAGGAGCAAACCAAUUUGGUGAUGGAGACAAUUUUUUCAUAUAAAAGUCAGCCUGCCAGAUCAUUGGGGAGAGUUAAAUUGCUGCUUCGUCAUCAUUCUAUUGUGAUUCUUAGAUUCUCAAUUGAAUCCGUACAAUGCCUGCUUUUCCAUGAUGCUCAUUGGGUUAUAUAUGAUGCUUAUCGGAUAUCGCUAAGGUAUGGCAAUGCUAGCUACGUUGAUGAAAGGCACCACCACAGAUACGAGUUGAAUCCUGAUGUGGUCCCAGAAUUUGAAAAGGCAGGGCUUUCUUUCGUUGGCAGGGAUGAAAGCGGUAAACGCAUGGAGAUUAUCGAACUACCCAACUAUAGGUUUUCCGUCGAUGUACAAUUUCACCCUGAAUUCAAGUCAAGGCCCAAGCCAUCUCCACUUUUCUUAGCAUUGGUAGCAGUGUCAUCAGGACAGCUUGAUCAAUGUGGCGUUAUCAGUAAGACAGGCAGACACAUCAGCAAUACCGGAGGAGCACCGAAGCUUACCAGAAGCCGAAUGUCCGUGUGUCCCAGGGGAUACGUAUCCCCCCAACCAGAAAUCGUUCGUUCCACUUUGAGAUUCGUGCUCUUACGCCCUAGAUGCCGCUGCCGCCAUAUGGAUUGCUUAAUCUGUUAGUUUGGAGGCAUCAUCUUGGCGCACCUGAGAGACAUGAGGGGUCAGGGCAAGAGGAUGAAGAAAGGAGAUCCAGACACAGGCGGAUCAGCAUCCAUCGGCGAUUUGGAGUAAGGCGGAGGCAAGUCCAUGGGACACAUGAGCUUAGGGCUGCAGCUGAUAGCUGUUAUCAUCGGGAUGGUGAGCUGCAGAUAGCUGUUAUCAUCAGGAUGGUGAGCUGCAGUUAGAAGGCGACAGAUUGACAAUGCUCUUCCUUGCAAUCCGGGAGAUUUCAGAUGCUAUCACCCAUCUUCUUAGUCAUAAGAGUUGAUGAUAUGUCUUUACACGAACUCUACUCCAAGAUAUAUAUGUACACUGCUCGUGCCAAGGUCCCAAGGAUUGGUUUUACUUGUUAGUAAAUUAAAAACAGAGUGUGUGUUCUCAACAUUGGCUGUUCUAGUAGUAUGUCUAAACCUUCCAUUUUCAUUUGCUAAAAGUAUCUAUAUCUCAUCAUUUUUCUUUUUAAAAUUGCAGUUCAGAUAUAUGGCUGCUGACUGGCACUGUUUUUAUAUGAUUUGUAUCCUCUAAAAAAGAACAUAUGGUCUUUCUAUCCUGAUUUUAAUAACUUCACCA